CUAUUUUUUAGGUUUGAGAAGCUGACUACUGUGACCAACAUCUUGCUGGUCAACCUGGUGAUGUCCUCCUUGAUCUUCAUGAGCAGUCUCCCCUUCAUGGGAGUCUACUUGCAGCUCUCCAACUGGAUCUUCGGCAAUGUCAUAUGCGAGGUUCAUGGCACCGUGUACUAUCUGGGCUCCUACAGCUCCGUCCUGCUUCUAACCCUUUUGACCUUCGAUCGACACCUUGCAGUUGUUCACUCCCUGACCGCGUCGCGAUUGAGAAGUCAAAGGUAUGCGGCAGUAUCCUGCGCGGUGGUGUGGUUGGUCAGCUGCCUGGCAUGCAUCAAGCCCAUGAUUCUACACAAGGCGUUUGUUGAUUUCGAGAACACAACGUACUGUCAGGAGUAUCCUAAUGAAAUACCUGGUAUAGAAGGGAAGCUGCUGAGUGACUUUGGAUUCUACAUUCUUCUUAUCCUUUUCUUGAUCGUUCCUCUUGCUGUUACCAUCUACUGCCAUGUCAGGAUUGCUAUCACUGUCGUUUCAUCCAAGAUCGUCACCAAAUUCAAGACAGUCAGGUUGAUAUUUGUCAUUGUACUGCUAUUUUUCACAAGCUGGACCCCAUUUAACAUUCUAAUGCUGAUGAAUGAUGAAGACGCUGACUGUGAAACAAGGCAGAAAAUGGAUUAUGCUCUUGAAGUCACUCGUGUCAUGGCCUACGCUUACUUUUGUAUCAGUCCCGUCUUUUACACAUUUGUUGGGAAAAAGUUUCAGAAGUAUUUCCGACAGUUGCGGGUAAAAACUUUCCCAGGGUUUAAGAGGGAUGUUUCUAUCUGUCUGCAGAAUAGGAGCAAGAUGUCUACACAUAGCACACAAAAUUAGCUCUAGGAAUCAGAAGCCUUUUGUUCUUAAGGACCUCUCUGUGGCCAAUAUUAGGAAUUUAAGCAAAAGAGCAACGUUAGAAAUGAUAAUAUCUGAUCAUAACUAUUUUUAGAAUUAUAGUUUGUGUUCUUAGAUAUUAUAUUAGUAUGUUAUAAAUAACUAAUAUGAACACAUUUCAUAAGGCCUUUAAUUACUGUACACAUGAAAUCCAGCCAUAAUGUAAUGUUCAGCCUGCUAGAAGGACGCUUAAACUUUCCGCUAUGGAUUUCUGCCAUAUUUUCUUCCAAUGAAGGGUUUUAGCAAAAGAACGGAUGAAGGAAAGCACUGACAGGCAAUUGUUCUGAUUUCUCAUCAUAAAAUGUUAUGAACUAUGAUGAUUUAAGAUAUCUUAUGUAGAGUGUAUUAGCUAUUGGAUGAGGAUUUUUUUAUGUUAUGUUUACAUGAAGAAGCUGUAGGCCAAAGGUUUAUUCAUUGAAUGUGUUGUAAUGUAGAAAUAACAAGGGACAGUCCGGAGAGGGAGAUUUCUGGUUCGGUUCC